UCAACAAAUGUUGAGGUUAAGUUAUGUUUAUCUGACGUUACUAUAACCAUAGAACUAGAAUCUGUUUAAUAUAAAAAACAGAUGGAUCAAAAACCUAAAGUUGAUCCUGGCUGGAAUGAUCCUCCCAUGUUGAAUUAUACCACUUCAAAUCCUCCCCCAAAGUCGCGAAUAACAAAUAAAAGAGUAGCUUUCCCAGUGAAUACCAGCAACAUUACUACAACAAAGUCACAAUCAACGUCUUCAGAGCUCUCACAACCAAAGUUGCCUUAUGGAGCUCCCCCACUGCCACCUCCAAAUAUUCUAGAUCCCCAGCAAAAUAGUUCAUUCAGAGAUAUGAAAGAAAACCUUAUUCCCUUCUUCAAGACAGAUGAGGCUAAACAAGUUUUCUUGAAUGUUUGUGAUGAAGGAAAAUUAUCGAAUGAAUGUUCAGAAAUUAUUUGUCUAUUCACAAAAUCACUUGUUGAGAAUGAUAAAGCCACUGCUGAAAAAUUGAAAGAGAAGUUGAUGACUGACCAUAAAGAAAUAUGUGAGCAAUGGUUGGAUAGCAUUGAUGUAUGAUGUGGAUUGGAAAAGGUUUCCUUUGGUCAAUUGCCUGUUUUAUUUUAUAUUUGCAAAAGUGCUUCUGAUUUGAAUAAAAUUUAUUCGUUCACAA